UCUGGAAUAAAUGAGAGAAAGCGCUUAGAAGAGGUACAGAAUCGUUAUUCUAACCUGAAACGUAGUACACAUGACGUCAUUAAUGAGUGCGAAGGUUUCUUGCAAAAAUUGGGCUCUCCACCUGGAAAGGUUAGAAUGGAUCCUGGACUAACAGACCAGGACGUGGAACGUGAUGACAAUGUGUCAGUUUACUCUAAGUCUUUUAGUGGAUCCGGAUCAUCACGUAAGAAAUCGCUGAAAAGGGCGCUUGUCUCGAAAAUGAAACUGGACCUGGCAAGGGCUAGGGCAAAGGAGGAAGCUGAAGCAGCUCGAAUGACAUACGAACAUAAACAAAGAAUGAAACUUAAGCGCCUAGAAGAGGAAGCAUCAUUAGCUGAACAAGAAUGGAAGAUUGAAACAGAGUACAAUGAUGAGGGAGGUCUGACAGCUGGCGCUGCUAGUUCCUUGGAUAGGGCUACUUGUGGCGACCACGCCCCACAUGAUCCUGUCGCAGCAAUGUGGAAGGCUCAAAUGUUGGAUGGUAUGCAGCCAACAUGGUUUAGUGGGAAUCCAGUGGAUUUCCCCUUCUUUCGUGACGAAAUGCGUACACAUCUUGAAAGUGAUUUGCUUACUGAUGCCCAGCGUGUUGAAUAUCUCCCCAAGUUUGUUACUGGAGAAGCUUUGGAAGUGGUAAAGCGAAACAGAGGCUGUUCAUUUAACGACAGCAUGAAAACCCUUGAGGAACGCUUUGGCCAAACAAUAAGGGUAACUCAAGCAUGCAUAGAAGAUCUUGUAGCUGGGCCAAGGCUGACCUAUGGGGAUAAUAUUGGACUCAUGAACUUUUCUGAGAAGCUGAACGCGGCUACAAAAAUUCUUCAAGGCGACAUUGAACGUGAAGCAAACGUCGCAACAAACCUCAAGCGUAUCGUUAGCCGUCUUCCUAAUGACCUGAUCAUCAAAUGGCAAAACGAAAACUAUGAGAUUGUUAAGAGCGGAAGGUCUCCUCAGCUGAAGGACAUUGCUGCCUUUGUGAAGAGACAAGCGUCCAUUAGAAACGACCCAGUGUUCGGAGAUCAAAUGUUGAAGCGAGAGAAUAAAGAGCCCAAGGCGCUUCCCAAACGUCCAAUAAGGAAUCCCACAAUUGGUGCCACGGAUCUUGAAUUUAAACCUCCCGCCCCUGGCUUGAGAAGCUGCGGAGUCUGCAAGUCUAAGCGUCAUAAACUUCAACAUUGUCCUAUAAUCAAGAAGUGUGAGCAUGUUGCAGUCCGAAGACAGUAUGCGGCCUCCUGCGGCGUUGAAAAGCCUGGGUAUGGUUCUAGCUCGUGCCCUGAACCGCCCGCAUGCUCAAAAUGCCUAGUGCGUCACCUUAGUCUUCUGCAUACUGACAAAGUUCAGGAUGGCCGCCGUCCUAACCCACCCAACAAUAAGGAGUCCAACGACAAAGGUGACAAGCCCCCAGCCAUCUCCCAUCCUGCUAGUCACGAGGGAGCGAAUACAGGUCAAGCUGCUAGCAUUAGUUCAGACAAGCCUGAACCAAUAUCCAUAUCGUCAGCCGGUUUGUCUACCGCCGAAACACAAGUUUUGUUGAACGUUGUACCUGUCAUUGUCACCGCGAUGAAUGGUAAUACUGUAUCAACCUACGCCUUUCUAGAUAGCGGCUGUACAGAUACCCUCAUCGACCGUGGUUUAGUUGAUCAUCUUGGUAUACAAGGAAAACCUGAGCAGAUUGGAAUUAAUACAAUCACGAACAGUGGCAAGGUCAUAGAGUCCAAUCGAGUAUCCUUCACCUUGAGUUCCGUGGAGAGUUUUGGAGAAAGUAUUGAGGUCUCUGAGGCCUAUGUCCUACCUGACCUUAACCAGUCGCAGCGAGCAUUGCCAGAGCGAAUUGAUGUCCACAAUCACCCUCACUUGUGUUACAUUGAGUUUCCAGCAGUUGACAUUAAGAGAGUGUCCAUUCUUGUGGAAAACAACAUCCCCUAUGCACACAUCCAGAAGGAAGUUCGAGUCCCUGAAGAUGCAAGGAAAGGACUUUAUGGUUGUCGUUACCCCCUUGAUGGACGUUAUGAAGUGGGCAUGCUUUGGAAGAAGGAUGAGCACUGGUUUCCAAAUAAUCUUGUCAUGGCCAGACAGCGCUUAGAGUCCCUGAGACGUCGCCUGACAAAGUCAGGGAAUGAAGAGAUGGCCAUCAAGUAUCGUGAAGUAAUGGACAGUUACAUCAGAAGUGGAUUUGCCCGCAAGUUGUCUGAGAAAAAAUAA